GGAAGUCAUCAUCAUACAAAAAAGAAUAAUGGGUGAGAGAGAGAGAGAGGGAAUAGAAUUUUAAAAAUGAGGAUGAAUUUAGAGGUGGUAAUUUAUGGUUGUAGAAUGUAACCGAUGUUCUUCCGUCGUUCCCACCCAACCAAACCCCGCGCGUCGUCUCUGGAAGCAAAAAAUGCUUCUGGUUUUGCAUCUCUCUUUUCGUCGUCCACAAUAAUUGCUCAAAUUCCAUGGGGGACAAAUAGUCCAACAUGGAUCGUCCACGUGUCACAACGCUACCUCCACAAAUUUGGAAGCCCCGAAUGGAUCCCUCUUGUUGAGAGGUUCAGAAUCCACAGCAGCGGUAGCCUACUGAAUUCACCCUUGUGGCUCGUUUGAGUUGUUUCCCUGUCAAAAAUGGCGGCAGCCAUUUCUGUAUCCUCCCCAAAAUCUACUCUUCCCCAAAACCCAAUUUAUCUGAGAGACCCAAAUUCUAGCUUCCUUGGCGGGUCACCCUUGAAAGGCCUUUGUUUACAGUUGAAUCCCUGGAAGAGCAAACGGAGAGAUUCCAUCGGCUUAGUGGUUGCUUCAUCGACCACCAGCACCACCAAUUCUGCAACCACUGCCGCCAGCGCCGGCGGGAGGUUUUAUCUGAACUUCACUGGGUUCCCUUUCCCUCUUGGUCCUUUUCUCAAUAGGCGUACUAUCAGAACUGAGGCUGUGAAAGGCUGUAUAUGGUUAUUUGAGCAAGAGCAAGCACUGGGCUUCAGCAGUGUCUCAACAAACAUUAGAAUGACAGUCAUCAAGCUCAAUUCUGGAGGACUAUGGGUCCAUGCACCAAUUGCUCCAACGAAGGAGUGUAUUCAGCUUGUGAAGGAGUUGGGAGCUCCCGUAGAAUACAUUGUCCUGCCUACAUUUGCAUACGAGCAUAAAAUAUUUGUUGGUCCAUUCUCCAGAAAGUUCCCCAAGGCUCAGAUAUGGGUAGCACCAAGACAAUGGAGUUGGCCUUUGAAUUUGCCUCUGGAAUUUUUUGGAAUUUUCCGUGCUAAAACUUUGAAAGAUGGAGAUUUGUCAACCCCAUGGGCUGAUGAGAUUGAACAAAAAGUUCUAAGCUCCCCAGAAGUAGGGAUUGGGCCUUAUGUGGAAGUGGCAUUCUACCACAAGCGUUCAAGAACGUUGCUGGUGACAGAUGCUGUAAUUUAUGUUCCAAGACAGCCCCCUGCGUGUAUUAGCAAAGAAUCCUUGCUGGCGUCUGCAAAGAAUGGCUUGGCUGUAAAAAUUCUGAGUAAAGGAAAGGAAGUCCCUCAGGAACCAGUUGUUGAUAACAAGAUGAGCCGACAAAAAGGAUGGGAGAGAAUGGUUCUCCAAAUCUUAUUCCUUGGUCCAUCGAAUCUUUUGGAGCCGAAUGCUAGCUUUGCUCAAAUGUCGCAAAAGCUGAUUGUCUCACCCAUCGUCAAGACAUUGGUCUUCAGCAAAGUUCCUGAAAAGGUGAGGGACUGGAUCGAUGACAUCACGAGGGACUGGAGAUUUAAGAGAAUAAUACCUGCUCAUUUUGCUGCUCCAAUAAAUGCUAGCGGAUCAGAUUUCUUAGCGGCAUUUGCAUUCCUUGAUGAUCUCUUAGGUGAACGAUAUGUAACUCGGCCUUCUCUAUCUCUCCUCUUCGCAUCACUUAUGGGGAAAGCAGCCAGUUACUUCCCUCCAGACGACAUGAAGACCUUAUCGUCCCUCGACCAGUUCUUAGUCUCAGUUGGAGCUGUGAAGAAGACCGUCUCUGGUCGGAAAAGAUGAUAAUCCCACCUCAACCUCAACUUCCAGCAAAGACUUCUGCAUGUUAAAUUUUGGAGAGCUGUAUAUGUGGUGUAACUAGUAAGCUAUACAGGUUCCACUUUCUCAUAGCCCUUCUUUUUGAAAUGGAAAGAAAAUUGCACAUACAGUUAUGAAUGACAGUGAUGUUCCCUGGGUGUCUUCAAUGAAACAAUUCAUGUAUAGGUUGUUGGCA